AUGCGCACCCAGGAGACGUAUCAGCUGGACGGCCCCCCGUCCCCAUCGGGCCGCGCUGCUGCCGCCGCGGCGGCCGCCGCGCUCGCCGCCUCGGACGCGCCGCCCGCCCUCGAGCUGGGCGCCGCUUCCGCCGCCGCCGCCGGCUCCGAGUCCGAGGACGAGAGCAGGAUGAUCUCGAGCGAGUUCAAGGAGUGCCGCUGCUGCCAGGACGUGCUUGACGUACUGGAAGAUGAGAUCGGCCGCAUGACCCCCCACAACACGGUCACCGCCCUCGGCCGCCUCGCGGCGCUCAGCAAGCGCCUGCCGGCCGCCGAGCGCGCGCAGGUCCUCGCCAGCCCGCCGUUCGUCGCGGCGCUGCAGCUGCUCGCGCGGCAGUUUGCGGACAUGAACGCGUUCCAGGUGGUCAACGCGCUCUACUCGGCGGCGGUGAUGGGCGCGCCGCUGGCAAAGGCGCCGGCGCUCAUGGCCGCCGCCGACGCGGCGCUCGCGCGCCUCUCGUCGGAGCUGAACGCGCGCGACGUCUGCAGCGCGCUGUACGCGCUCGCGCUGCUCAAGCACGCGCGCCCCGCGCACGGCGUCGCGCAGCUGCUGCUGUCGCGCGCGCAGUCGCUGCUCGACACCGGGGCCCUUGACGCGCGCGGCGUCAGCACGGUCCUGUGGGCGGCCGGCAGCCUCGGGCUGCGUCACAGCGGGCUGUCGUCCGCGGCGACGCGCGCGCUGCUCGCCGACGGCGGCGCGCUGCUGCGCGGCAUGACGAGCCAGGGUGUGGCCAACUGCGUGUGGGGGCUCGCCAAGGCCAACGGUGGCGCCGUGGACGCGGCGCUGCUGGAGGGCGCACUGGGCGCCAUCGCGGCGCUCGGGGACGAGUGCAAGCCGCAGGAGGUCCUCAACACGCUGUGGGCGUGCGCGCGCUGCCGGCACGACCCCGGCCCGCACUGGGCGCCGCUGCUGCGCUACUGCGCAAGGCAUGCGUCUUCCCUCGCGCCCGCCGACGCCGCCAGCCUCUUCCACGCGCUGGGCACGUUCGGGCACGCGCCGGACGCCGACGCGGCGGCGGCGCUGCUGCCGCGCGCACGGGAGCUGCUGCCGCGGAUGGCGCCGCUCGAGGCGUGCAGCCUGUACCGCGGCCUUGGGCUUUCGGGAUUAGUCAACAACGACCUGUACGACGAGCUGACAUCAUCGGGGGUCCCGCGUGCGCACGCCGCCGGCCAGCUGGCGCCCAGCACCAAGCGCAUGGCGUUCCAGGGCUUCCUCGCCGGCCGGCUGCAGGGGGUGGCGGCCCAGAUGCCGCCGGAGGCCGCAACUGGCCUCGCCGCGGCGUGGCGCGACGGCCUCGCCGCGCGGCCGAGCUGCGGCGGCGGCAGCGGCGGCCGGCGCAGCGCGCUCGGCGCGGAGGUGCGCGCGCUGCUGCAGCAGCUGGGCGUGCGGCACGACGCUGACGUGGCGACGAGGGACGGGCUGUUGGUUGUGGACCUGCAGCUGCGCGCGGGCGGCGGGCGGUGGGUCGCGCUGCAGGUGGCGGGCGAGCACGAGUUUACAUCCAACGGCGGCACGAAGCUCGGCGCCGCGUCGCUGCAGCAGGCCGUGCUCGAGCGCAACGGCUACGAGGUGCGGUGGCUGUCGGCGCACGACCUGGGCGCGGUGCCGCGCCACAGGCGGCCGCUGUAUGUCGCGGAGCUGCUGCGCGCGCUGGGCGUGGGCGUCGACGCCGCGGCGCUGCGGCUGGCGGAGCAGCAGGCGGAGGGCGGGGCCGCGGCGGCGGGCGCAGCGGCGGCGGCGGCAGGCGGGCCGCGCGGCAGGGGCGGACGCAGCGGCAGUGGCGGCAGGGGCGACUUUGAUGGUGGCGUGGUGAAGGUACGGGAGGCAGAGCUGCUCUUUGACGACCCCAAGGUUUCGGGCGGCCGCGGCAGGCGCGGCGGCGGUGGCGGGGGCAAGGCCGGCGCCCGGCGACGCUGA